UACGUGUAAUUGUGGAAGUUUAGCAUCAACAUGUGAGACAGACAGUAGCAUGCCCGAUAUUUGUAUUGUGACGUGUUUAACUAGAACAGCGGUUUUUUGUGAUGUUAAUCUACUUCCUGCUGAUAAAACAAAACGUGUUGAAUAUACCAAACCUGUUCGUUACUUAGAUAGUGUAACACGUACCUGUUUGUCACCAUAUCAAGCCGUUUAUGGUAGCCUAGAUGUGUUUGUCUGUCAAGUCGACAAAUCAUUAAAGCUGGAUUAUUCUCGUGAUGAAUUAAUAUGUGGUGAUUCCUGUGAAUCUUCUUUGAACUUCAAUUCCUCUACCUGUGAAUACUGGGCAAGCGUGGGUGAAUGUAUUUUUAAACUGGACUAUUGGUGUCGUUGUUCAUUCUCCUGUAAGGUGGCACCCUUCUGUCAAAAAUUGGGAAACUAUGAUACAAACUGUCAAUGUGGAAUUUGGGCAAAAGCUGGUCGAUGUGAUGAGCCUUAUAUACAGAUUAAAUGUGAAACAACUUGUCAGUUGAGAAAAACAGUAACAUGUGCUGAAAGCCAACUACCAAGUGCACCAGGUUAUGCGUUUCAGUACACUAGUCCAAUACGUUAUCUAGACACAGUAACAAUUGAAUGCGCCAACGGGUUUGAUACCACUGCUGGAGAUUAUAUCCACAUUGCAUGUUUAGCGAACGGCUCAUUCAACAGGUCGUUUUAUCAUUCAGCUAUCACCUGUAUUGAUCCCACUACACCACUGGCUAUUGAAAACACGGACAUUUGCGUUUGUGGAUGCCAUGUUGUAUACUCCAAUGUCAGUGAAUAUGAAGUGGCAAAACAAAAAUCAUUACAGAUCAGAGAUGAUCUAUUGGUGGAUACGAGGAACUUGUCAGCUACUAUAAGGAAGAAAAUCAGUAUCCCAGAUUACAGACCAUCAGCACAGGGAGUAGGGUCACUGGCUGUGAUUAUUCUGUGUUGCACCGUAGGCUGCUUUAUCUUAUUGGAUCUUCGUGCCUUUUCACGUCAUCUCAAAAUGCUGAAGUCUAACAUAUUAGAUUAGUUUUGCAAAUGUUGAUUACUUUGUAAAUGAAUUGUGACAUCGAUUCCGAAUUAUAUAUUUCUUUUUCAAUUUAAACGGAAAUAUGAGCGGUUACAUUAUUAAUUGUGUCUUAUGCUUCUUCUUUUUUUUAUUUAAUGCAUUUGUGGGGCUGUAUUGGAGAGAGAACGGCGAGGGUGCAUUUCUAGGGUGUGGGAAUGGGGGUGUUCUGAUUUAUAAUUAUUUGUGUAUUAGAUAUAUAUUUAUUUGUGUAUUAGAUUUAUAAUUAUUUGCGUAUUAAAUUUAUCAUUAUUUGUGUAUUAGAUAUAUAAUUAUUUGUGUAUUAUAUAUAUAAUUAUUUAUGUAUUAGAUAUAUGAUUAUUUGUGUAUUAGAUCUAUAAUUAUUUGUGUAUUAAAUUUAUAAUUAUUGGUGUAUUAGAUUAUUA